AUGAAGAGUGUUGUUUUGCUAUUAAUUCUUUCUGUUUUCUCUGUGCAUCGUUACUCCUGCCUCAGCCACCUCCUGGAGGCUUUCUCUGUCCUGGCGUUUGCAGCCGCCGAGGGGAGCGGCCCGUCCCUCCAGGAGCUAGCCGACGCAGCUCCCUCGCCGAGUCACAUUGGCACCGCCAGUGCCUUUACCAGCAGCCUUUUGAAAGAAAUAGAGCUAGGAACCACAGUGGGACGCGAGGCAGAGAAACAAGUUGCCUCGGCAGCCGCAAAAGACAGCGGAGAAAAGGAAGGCCUUCUCUCCGCAUGUGCGGCUUUCUCCUCGACAGAACCCGAGCUCUGGCGCAUUUGCUUGGUCGCCGCAAAUCACAUAUCUGCUUUAUACAGGCGUCUAACAGUCGAAAACACCUUGGUGCGCAGGCUCUCACCUUCCGAGUUCUCGGCGGCAAUCGCAGAGCACCUGCAAGUGAUCCUAGAGGAAGAGGACAAUAUUGCACAAUCGGUGGUGGAUGGCUUGCUGCCGCAUGGCGCUCUUCCUGUGUUUUCCCUGAAAGUAGCAAUUCAAAGAAAGCUGCAGUCCUUGGGCCUCCUGAAGCCCAAGAACGCCCACAUGACACUGCAUUACCAGAUGAAGGGGCCCACUGAGCAAGAAAUGCAAGAGAUGGCGGCAGUUCUGUGGCCCCUCGUGAAUGCACACCGAAGCAGGCUGAGACUCUCUGCACACAAGGGAGUGACGCUCUUAGCCCCUGAAGAGCACUCUCUUCUCUGGGCCUAUAUGGAGAUCUAUGCGCGGGAGCAUCAUCUGGUGGGGCCUGAAAGACCUUUAAAUUUAUGGCGCUUCCCAGAGCCGGCGGGAGCCGCAAGUCUCCUUGAGUAA